GGGCGGGGCCUGCCCGUGACCCGGGCGCAGACGCCGGCCGGCGCAGCCCGGAAGCCUGGGCGGCCGUGGCGGCCGCGGGAGCGGCGCUGCCUCCCGCGCUGCAGCAGAGGGAGGAGGCGGAGGCUGGCGGCGUCGCCGCCGCCAUGGGAGCAGAGCAGAGUGGCGAGGCCGAGAGCCGCCCUGGCGAGCCCAGCGCCUCAGCAUCUCCAUCGCCAGCCAAGCAACGAGCAAAAAUGGAUGACAUUGUGGUGGUAGCCCCAGGAACACAGUCCUCCCGCAAUGUCAGCAAUGAUCCAGAUGUCAUAAAACUGCAGGAAAUUCCAACUUUUCAGCCCCUUUUGAAAGGACUCCUCAGUGGGCAGACCUCUCCAACCAACACCAAACUGGAAAAGCUGGACCCCCAGCAGGUGCUGCAGCUGUGUCUCCGGUACCAAGACCAUCUUCAGCAGUGCGCAGAAGCAGUUGCCUUCGAUCAGAACGCACUUGUGAAGCGGAUCAAGGAGAUGGACCUCUCUGUGGAAACUCUUUAUAGCUUCAUGCAGGAGCGCCAGAAGAAGUAUGCCAAGUAUGCGGAGCAGAUCCAGAAGGUCAACGAGAUGUCUGCCAUCCUCCGCCGUAUACAGAUGGGCAUCGACCAGACGAUCCCGCUGAUGGACCGGCUGAACAGCAUGCUGCCGGAGAGCGAGAGGCUGGAGCCCUUCAGCAUGAAGCCCGACCGGGAGCUGAGGUCUUAGCCGAUCCGCUGGGCUCCCCCUCCUCACCUUCCACACUCCAGCCUUCAGCACAGAAGCGCUUCCAGCGGGCUGGACUGGCAGAUGUUGGAAGCGGACAGACGGCAGCCCGGCCUGACUGUCUGCCAGGGCAUCGGAGGAAGAGCAGCGUCAGCUGCCAGAACUGCGCAGCCAGGAAUCCAGGAGCUCCCUGGUCCUGUCGUCUGGAGAUGAUGAUUUACUGUUCUUUCAUCUCCUUCCUCUUGCCCUCCUGUCUCCUUUACCAACGCCACAGCCUGUGCUGAGACAUUUAUUUCAUUGCUGUGACUAGAUUGAGGUUUACAGAGGAGGAGUUUUCUUUCAGCUGUUUUUUUUUUUUACUAGGAAAAUUCAAAGGGAUGCAGGGUGUGACAAACCCUCUAACAUAGUUUUUGUGCCACUGGGGUUCAGAACGAUUAGGUGGCUGGCAGGUAUUUCUGAUAUCCCCUGGCCUUGGAAAUAUAUGUGUUUUAUAGGUGAAAGCGCGGGAGCCAGGAACUGGCUUAUUAAAAUCUACCUGUUAUCAUAAUUAACAUGGUUUGCAUGGCAGGGUUUUGGCAUGUCCUCCUCAAGGAUUCUGUUUUUAUGGGCUUGCUAAUUUAUGAGGCUGUAAAGGAAUAACUGUUCCAGCUAUGUCUGUCUCUUAAUGUUAAGCAAGUCUUAGCAUUCCUCUCCCCCUUGCCCUGGCAAUGUCCCCAUGCCCCAGCUGGUGGCAUUUUGUGUUCCUCACCUUACACAGUGAUUCUGACAAGCACUGGCACUGACCUGCUCACUUUGCAUCCCAAAGUUGGACACAAGGUGUCCUUUAUUUUAUUUAUAUUUUUUUUUGUUAAUUGGGACACUCCAGUUAUCGUGGUGCUGUCUUUUCUACUAGAGGGAUGCAGUGGCUUCUUUACCUUCAAGUGUAUGGAGUUGGAGGGUGGAGACACAAGAAGUCCUUUGGGUCUUUGCAGCGGCUCAGCUGCCGUCACACUGAACACGGUGUUUAAUGACUGAAACCACAUGGCCUUUUGGGACCGCGCUUGGUGAGCUGCUCCAAAGUGUGUCCGUACUGCCCGGGCACUGGGCUGGCCCACAGGAGACUGGUUGACAAGUUGUUUGGUCUGCUGGCCGCAGGCAAGUUGCUUUGGUUUGUCCCUGUAUAAAAUGAUACAGGGGCGCGAUACUUUACACACUGCUGUAACAAUAUUUAUGGAUCUAGAAAUAGGGUUUAACAGCCUGUGUCUCCAUUGUCUCCAUGGCAGCUCUUGUCCGCAGCAGAAGGGGUGUGAAACUAAAAGUUAGGAGUCAGGGGUAGCGUUGGGUGUGUUACGUUAGUUCCAGGAUGCUUUCCAGGAUGCUGUUGCUGGCGAGGAAGCUGAAGUGAUCCCAUGAACCCCAAAGGUUUUUGUACAUCAGGAGUGCAAUUCCAGUGCUGUCUUUGAGAGAGUCUGUGUGACAACCUAUUUUCCAGCACAGCACAAGGCUGGGUGACCUACCAAAGGCGCCUUGCUUCAGUACCUCGUAGUACUUCAGAGUACUUAAUCAGCAAAAGAUGUUCUCUAAGCAUUUGGGAGUAGGUCCGUGGUAGGUUUUUGAUGGUAUUAAUUGCUGCCUGGUGGCAGGAAGCAACAGGCUGCCCUCUUGUUGUGUUCCCAAAGGCCAUGCAGCCUAGAGUGAAUUAUUGUGAUGCAGACUGCAGCCAACUUAGAUGUGUAUCUGAACCAUAGUGGUGUUUGGAGCCCAGGGCCCACUGUGCAUUGUCUGAAAGCAAAGUUCUGUAGAAAUGAAGCCCCGUGGAAUAAUGGCCUGGGAAGAGCAUCUGACUGUUUGAGAGACAACAAGAAAUUCAGCAGGAUAUUUUCUAGUAAAGGCAGUAGAGUGGGCCUUGUUGUCUGCCACCCCGGAGUUGUGACAUAGUUGUAGAUACAUAGGCACAUGCUGUAUGUUGCACAGGAUGUAACAUUAAGCUUCCAUCCUUGCUUAUACAUCCUGUAGUAUUUUACACUUAGUUUGUAAAAAGCUCACAUGAGACUUACCAGCCCAUGGAAACCUGCUUGUCAUGGCCAUGCCCAUGAGGGUCUUCAUUGUCCAUGACUGAAUAUGUCUCUGUCUCUCACCAUCAGACUCACCGGAAUAUUCAGCAUCUUUAAAUAGUGGCUGCAGGCGUUUUUGUCCUCCUUGUCCAGAUGAUGCUGUCUGGAAGUUUAGAAUGUGCGACAUUCAGCCGUCUGCCAGGCGGGAUCAUGGCUAUCCCACACCCUGGCGUGCUGGAAGCCUAUACCAGUGGGAAGAUCCCGAUAUUAGAUCUUGAGGCGGGGGCUAGGCUGCAGAUGCUCUCUCCUCUAAAGCUUCUAGACAUUUGGCCUCAUGCUAUUAAGUAUCAGAUCAAAGCAUUGCCCCUUGCGGUGCUAAUGAAGGCAAGUGAAUAGUAUUCCUAUCCAAGAGCUGCAGGAGCAAGGGCUGCAAGUCAGUUCCUUCCUUAUUUGCAGUAAAACACCUAGACUUUGAGCUGAUAAUGGGAGAAAAUGCUUGUUCCUGUGAACACUGGCAUUUAAGUGCCUCCCAGGUAGAACUUUCUGAGCAGCAAGGGUGAGUUGUGAAAAACGUUAAACGCUUAACUAGAAAGAAAUCAGAGCUGAAAUGUGAAGGCUGACCUCUUCCAAAGCACGCAGGUCAUCUCCUCCGUUCCACAGGGGAUAAAGUCUUGUAUGGGUACUGUAAGAUACCGUGCACCCUCUAACUGUUCUCAAACAAUGGUUUACAGUUUUAUUUAAAAGAUUGUUACUGGCUUCAUUAACUGUUUGGACCUCUCAUUGAGGACAAGACAUGUCCUGGCACAUCUUCUUGAGCUGCUGUUUGUUGCUUGGCUGCACCUCAUUUGCUUUGCUCUGUGUGCUGCUUUUAGCUUCAUCUCGGAUGCAGGUGGUGCUCAAGGUGAGACUGUUGCUUUACUCCCUUUCAUGCUGUUUAGCAGAUUAACGAUGUAACUGGAAUUACCUUUCUGCUUACGAAUUUCUUUUUCCAAGCCAAAUGCUGUUGGAGAAGACCUCAGGUAUCUCUCAAGAAAGUACCAGCCGUUACAUCUACCACAAAGUUACUGGUAUGAACAGAGAAAAUCUGGUGUGCUCCACUGAAAAGAAGCAUUUCUGCCCUUUUCUGCUUUCCGAGCUGAUACAAAGCUGGUGUGUGCUCUGGGGUGCGGGCUAAGCUGCUUGAUACGAAAUCUCCUCAAAAGCUGGAGAACCAGGUGAGUCUCUGGGUCUGUGGUUCCCUGCUGGCCUGACCUGCUCUGGUUCUUCCCCUGACUCUGCUGUUGCAACCCACCCUUCGUGCUGCCGCUGGUGCUUGUCGCACACUGUGCUGGGUCCAUGUGCUACACAGGCAGAAGAGGUUUGCUUUGUUGUUUCUGUAAUUUAAUGCGUUGACAAAGUGGUGAAGUGCCAACCUAUCUUCAAGGCAAUUUCUGUGAAGGGGACAGAACUGAGUCUUUUGGUUUUAAAAAUAUAUGUAUUUUGAAUUAAAUAUAUUUAAAUAUUUAAAGUGUAUUUUCCCCUCCUCUAAACUUUUACACAGAAAGAGUAGAGAUAUGCAUUUUCACAGGCUCAAUCAUAGCACGAGCAGCCCCUUUCUAUCAGACUCAGUGUCAGUGGUUUCCUGAGGUACUAUUGUUAACGUCCCAGAGUGUGUUUUGAUUACCAGCCUUGUGGCUGGGCGCACCUUGGUUCACGGGUUAUUAUCCUGUUGCAGACUUGCUCUGCUUUCAGCUGCCUACGUGUCCUACAGCUCCAGCAUUAAAACGUUUGGUAUCGCUCUUUUCCAA